UUUUAAAAAUGCUCUAAAUCAGCUAGUCUGUUUCACACUGAGCAGAUCAGAGAGCCGCUAUCUGUUGCUACUCUGAGACCCACGAGGAGACACGUCACGCGUUAGCUUGCUCCAGCCUGCAGCAGCUAGCUAACUGUCUUUAUCAUAUGAUAAUUUAUCAUGAUCACCCCUGCGUUUGACCUCAGCCAGGAUCCAGAUUAUCUGACCAUCUGCAUCAGAGCUCCAUACACCAGAACGUCAGAGUUUGAUCUGUUCAUCGACGGCACUGAUUUCAAGUUCUAUGCAAAGCCCUACUUUCUCAGGUUAAGUCUUCCUGGAAGAAUCAUAGAAGAUGGGAAGGAAAUGGCCACAUUUGACAUUGAUAAAGGGGUUUUCACACUUAAGGUCCCCAAGGAAACUCCAGGGGAGCAUUUCGAAGGGCUUCAAAUGCUCACCAGUCUGCUGGCUCCAAAAGGCUCACGAUCAGCAAAGCCUCUGGUGGAGGACGUGAGCGGCGAAGGCAGUGAAACCGCAGCAAAUGGUGAAGAGGAAGAGGAUGAAGAGGAGUUUGACUGGCAACUUGAACAGGAGGCCUACUUGGAGCGAUCCGAAGAGGAGAUGGGGGCUCUGCAGAAAUACGGCUUUGGUAAUCAAAGGUCCGGAGUAUUUUCGCGGUUACAGGAGGAACUCGGGGAUGUGAUAGACCUGAAGAACCCAGAGGGAACAUCUGCGUCCGAGAGGCGUCGGGCUCGGCUGGAGGCAGAGGCAUCAGCUUUCUCCUCUGACCAUUACUUAGCUGAUUUGUUUGAAGACGAUGAGAUAAAUUGUCUGCUGAAAUUUACACCGUGGUGGUCAAAGCUGAGUCCAUCUGCAGAUCCAGAGGGAGAAUCUGCCAUGUCAUUUAGUGACGAUGAGAAAGAGCAGCUGAGAAAAUUCACAAACCGCUCCUACCUGCUGGACAAACCCUCUCGUUACCAAGCGUGGCUCAGCCUGGUCGACAUCCUGCUGGCGUACUCCUAUGAAGUGCGCUCCACGGAGGGGGAACACAACGUCGAGUCUCAGUGGACCGUCAGAAAACUCAGCGGGACUCUGUGCUGGCUGGAGACCUACAGCUGCUUGCUUGAUGUCCUGGUGUCCUUCGGACGGAGGGUCUUGUGCUACCCACUCUACCGACACUUUGCUUUGGUGAAUUCGGCUAUUUGUGACACGGUUAAAAUUUUACAAACAGGGAAAGCCUGCGUCCUCAAAUGCCUGCUGGAUAUCCAUAAAAUUUUCAGAGAGAACGACCCGGCCUACAUACUGAACGACCUGUACAUCUCUGACUACUGCAUCUGGAUCCAGAGGGUCAAGUCCAAGAAAGUGAUGGAGAUGGCCACCAUGCUGCAACACGCCUCUCUUCAGAAGGAAGAUUUGAAGCUGGAGCUUGAUGAUCUGGAGAGUGCAGCUAGAAUGGUGGCGGAGGAACAGCGGCAAGACUCCGGUAGCAGCAGCAGCAGCAGCAGCUCUUCCAGUGACGACACCAGUAGCAGCUCUUCCAGUGAGAGUGAGGAGUCUGAAGCUGAAGGACAAGGCUGCUCAGAAUCCAAGCAGGGAGGAGCAGAGACAUGCAAAGACAACCCCUCCCAGCCCCAGCCUACCUCCUCUAGCUCUCCCAUCCCCCAUACAUCCUCUAGUUCACUCUCCCCAUCGGAAAACAGGAAGGCGGACGCCUCUCGCUCAGCCUCACAGGGCUGCAGACAGCUGAUCCAGGAGCUGGGGGAUCAGAUGACAGAGGAACUGAGGAUCUCUGCAGACUCCAGCUCCGAAGCAGCGGAGGCAGAGGAGCCAUCUGGCAGGGGUGGGAGCGGUGGGACGUUGUUAGAGCCGACUACUCGCAGAAACCCUCUGCUCAUCGUUCAGACGCACCAGGAUCAAGACUUCUUUAGUUAGACAUAAAGUGAUAAGGAACUUUCAAUCUUUGUGAUGAGUUUUGUGCCUUUGCAGACACCAAUAUUUUUUUUAAUACAUUUGUAUUUUGGGCAAGUUUUACUAAUCAUACUUAUGAAUUAUUGCAAUAAACCAACACUGUAACUAAGCAUGUACGUAAAACUGUCUGUGCUUAUAGAGAUGCAACCUCUGCUUAUUACUAAUCCGUUUUUGGAAAGCUUUGUCUUACUGGUUCCAAUUUUCAACACGUUUAGCCUGAUACAAUGUGAUCCCUGACCCUAUUCUGAUAAAGGAAGGAAAAACCUUUAAAAAAAA